GAGAGAUGUAGUCCCGGCCCAGCGUGCUUUCCCGGUAGGCCCCGCGGCACGCACGGCUACGCGCGGGGUUUAAAUAUAGGCGGCGGUUGACCGGGACGGGAGGCUGCGUUGCCGCCACCAUCGAGCCACCAUGGAUUCCCGUCUCUGCCGCCACAUCGUCCCUGGCACCGUUAUUAACAUUCAGCGGAGCAGCGGCUCGAUCCAUAAAGCGACGGUGAUGUCAGUGAACGUGGAGAAAGCCUCCGUGGCGGUGGAGUGGCCCGAGGACGGUUCCGUCAAGGGGAAGGAGAUUGACUUUAGUGAUGUGAUAACAGUAAAUCCUGAGUUAGCAGAAGAACUACCUCCUGUAGAUGUGAAAGAGAACCUUCCUUUGCAAGCGAAUGUUAUCGUACAGAAACAGAGGUGUAGAACAAGCCUUUCAAAAAUUCCUGCUCCACGGGAAGCUGUUCGGGGCCGUUCCAGGAUGACUGUUAUCUCAGAGUUUGAGUGCCGCCUCCAGGAAAAUGAGAUGGAGAUAGAUCCCCGUACUUCUACUAAACCAGAAACCAGAAGCAAUUUGUCAGUUCCUGUUGGUCGAACCAGGGCUAGCAGGCUGGUCUGUGGUCCAGAAGUUUUGCUGACAAAUGGAAAUACCAAUACAGAGGACCAUCUGCCCGCUGCUGGAACAACUGCUUCAGUGAGCCCAGUUCGGAGAAGAACUAACCUUGUGAGAGAGAUGGAGAAAAUGAAAAACAAGAGAGAAGAAAAGAGAGCUCAAAUGAAUGAAAUCAGGGCAAAACAAGCACAGGAAUUUGACACUAGCUGUCCAAACUGGGAGUUUGCACAGAUGAUCAAGGAAUUCAGAGCAACUUUAGACUGCCGGCCAAUAUCUAUAGCUGACCCGAUGGAAGAACAUAGGAUUUGUGUCUGUGUGAGAAAGCGCCCUCUUAAUAAACAAGAACUUCUAAAAAAGGAAUGUGAUGUGAUUACUGUCCCGAGCAAGUGUGUCCUGCUGGUGCAUGAGCCAAAGCACAAAGUGGACCUAACAAAAUACCUUGAAACCCAAGCAUUUAGAUUUGACUUUUCCUUUGAUGAAUCCUCUUCUAAUGAAAUGGUAUACAGGUUCACUGCUAGACCUCUUGUAGAGACCAUCUUUGAGGGUGGGAAGGCGACAUGCUUUGCAUAUGGCCAGACAGGCAGUGGCAAGACACAUACUAUGGGUGGAGACUUCUCUGGGAGAGUACAGAAUGCCUCAAAGGGCAUAUAUGCUUUUGCAUCACAAGAUGUCUUCCUCCUCCUAAACCAGCCCAGGUACAGGAGUCAGAACCUGGAAGUCUAUGUGACUUUCUUUGAAAUAUACAAUGGAAAGGUGUUUGACCUCUUGAAUAAGAAGGCAAAGCUUCGAGUCCUGGAGGAUGGCAAGCAGCAGGUCCAAGUUGUUGGUCUCCAAGAGAAGAAAGUCCACUGUGCUGAGGAUGUCUUCAAAAUGAUUGAGAUAGGCACUGCCAGCAGGACAUCUGGGCAGACUUUUGCAAAUGCUAGCUCUUCCCGGUCACACGCCUGCUUCCAAAUUAUACUGCGCCGAGGAGGGAAACUGAUUGGCAAAUUUUCCUUGGUGGAUCUGGCAGGAAACGAGAGGGGUGCAGACACCUGUAGUGCUGAUCGGCAGACACGAAUGGAAGGUGCAGAAAUCAAUAAGAGCUUGCUGGCUUUGAAGGAAUGUAUCCGAGCUUUAGGGCAGAACAAAUCUCAUACCCCUUUCCGAGAGAGCAAGCUGACCCAGGUGUUAAGAGACUCCUUCAUAGGAACUAACUCAAGGACCUGCAUGAUAGCAAUGAUUUCUCCAGGCAUGAGUUCCUGUGAAUACACCUUAAACACACUGAGAUACGCUGACAGAGUGAAAGAGCUCAGCCCUCAUAGUGGAGGUGGUGAAGCACAGAAUCAGAUGGAGACUGAGGAAACACUGACCGUUGGACAAGGCUCAGGUUACAAUCUCCCUAAGGAUGAGGAGGAAGAUAUCUCUCCCCACGUGUCCAACUUCUGUGAAGCUUUGACUCAAAUUGCUGAACAAGAGGAGAAGGCUGUAGAACAGCUUAGAGAACUGAGACAGAGAAUGCAGACUGAAUUUGACUUCCUCUUGAGCAUCACAGAACAACCAGAUUAUGAUCUUGAGAUCUUUGUGAACAGAGCCAAGUACUUCGUAGAGGAGAGCUCAAGAAACUUCCUUAGCAUUAGAGAAACAUUGGAUGCCCUGGGAGCUGCCAUGCAACUGGAGGAGCAAGCCAGCAAGCAGAUGAGCCAGCAAAGGCGUUAGUAAAUACAGCAAAACCUGGUUCACAAGCAAUCUUCUGUAUGUCUUGCAUGUUUGUCAAUGGUUUGUGUAACUCCUGUUCUCAAAUGUGGUAGAGUGUCUGUGGGUCAUGUGUGCCUGAGGGCAGUGAACGUGGCAGCCUCUCUCUCUUCAUGGUCUGGUAUCGGGGUGUUCAGAGUACUAGAAACACCCACUGCAAGGCUUGGGGAGGGAGGGCUGAGAGCGUGCUAGAUGUGUGUGGCAUCUGGCCCUUUGCUAGUGACAAUGGUCUCUUCUAAUAGAACUAGAUACACAUGUAUAGUUUUCUAGUGUGCAUAUAACUUUUCCAGAUGUGCUUGAAACUUGCAAAACUGUUGCCAAGUCUGGCUUUUCUAGAAAGAAAAUGGAUUAUAUGUAAUUGUAAAAACAAUCAUAAUUUUAAGAAUUUUGAUAAAUAAAUGUUCCUGGAAUUAAUUA